UACGAGCUCCUGGGCGUCGAGCCCACCGCCACCGCCCAAGACAUCAAGCGCGCCUUCCGCAAAUUCUCACUAAAACACCACCCGGACAAGAACCCGGACAACCCCGCCGCGGUCGAGACGUUCCACAUCGGCACACGCGCCGUCGAGCUGCUUGCCCAUGCCACCUACCGCGCCCAGUACGAC